AUUCAUUUUACAAUUGAUAUAAGAAUAUCGAGAGAUUUAGUAUUUGUUUAUUUGUGGUAUGUAUGUCAUGGCGGUGUGCAGUGCAGUGUGCUGGAAACUUGAAUGAAGUGAGUGCAUUGAAACUUGAGAGUAGGUGGCUGAUUAUGAAUAUGUGGACUAUGUCAGUGAGAAGCAGCGGACUGUUUUGGUGUCAGUGUCAUUGUCACUGUAGAAGAAUACAUUGCUCCGAUUCGAAGCCAAGCCCACGCCGUGGUUUUGGCCUUGGAGAUAACAGCAGGAUUAAGACGAACAAAGGAGAAGCUGGGACUGGCAAGGACAGAGGUUUGGUGUCGAAGCAAAGUAGCAGGGGGUCAACAUCUCGUCCUCCAUCCACUCAGGCACCGGCACCACAGCUCGACGGCAAGUCUCGCAACAAUACUUUGGAUCUUGACUUUGAAGAACGACUUCAAGCAGUUAGAAGGUCUGCCCUUGAACAAAAGAAAGCAGACGAUCAAAAACAGUUUGGACCCAUUGACUAUGAUGCACCACCACCGCUAUCUUCGGACCAGAAGACAAUUGGCCUUGCUACCAAGAUUGGAGUAGGAGUAGCUGUUGCCGUCUUCGGUAUCGUUUUUGCUUUUGGAGAUUUUCUUCCUUCUGGAAGUCCCAAUGAAGACAGUGCCGUGGUGAGUAGUAAGCUGUCGGAAAAAGAGAAGGCUACUCUUCAGAGUAGACUUGAGGAGUUUGAAGCAACAUUAAGGAACUCCCCAAGAGAUGCAACUGCUCUUGAAGGAGCUGCAGUAACUUUGGCAGAACUAGGGGAAUAUACAAGAGCUGCUUCUCUACUUGAUGUUUUAACAAAGGAAAAACCAAAUGAUGCUGAUGUUUUCCGUUUGCUUGGAGAAGUUAAGUAUGAACUCAAAGAUUAUGAAGGGAGUAUUGCUGCAUAUAAAAGUUCAGCAAUGGUGUCUAAGGAUAUCGAAUUUGAAGUUCUGCGGGGCCUUACUAAUUCAUUACUUGCUGCCAAAAAGCCAGACGAGGCUGUUCAAUUUCUUCUUUCCUGUCGUGAGCGUCUGAGUUCUGUAAAGGAAAGCGCAAAAUCUGAUAGCAGCCCAACAAACACAGGGAAGCUGGAUCCAUUCCAAGUUGAAUUACUUCUUGGGAAAGCCUAUUCCGAUUGGGGCCAUGUCAGUGAUGCUGUAGCUGUUUAUGAUCAGCUCAUAUCAACAUAUCCUGAUGAUUUCCGUGGAUACUUAGCUAAGGGAAUCAUCCUAAAAGAAAACAAAAAUAUUGGAGAUGCAGAGAGGAUGUUCAUACAGGCUCGGUUCUUUGCGUCAGAUAAAGCUAAAGUUCUUGUGGACCGUUAUGCAAGAUAAAACUUGGCAUUCGCCUUCAAAUCUAAAGCUUAGAAGUGCCUCUUUGGGAGUCAUUCAAAUAGAGUAGGCAUUUUUAGCUCUUUAUGAAUAUAAAAGAUUGUUAUGCUUCUUUCUGUGCGGAAACACCCAGCAGUCAUGUGAUGUGUGCUGCGAGGGAAAGGUUUUGGUAGAAAGUUUCAAGAAGUCCACCAAAGCUUCUCUUUGGACAAUGCCAUAAUUGCUCCUUCUAUUCGUCAAGUGGAGUUAGGGGGUGUGUGGGGUAACAUAUUACAUUGAGGUCAUAUCUAGUUAAGGUUUUAACCGUGUAAAUAUGGUUUUACUCCUUAUUAUGGAAAGUAAUCUUUUUUUUCCU